UGACUUGUGGGAUGCGGAGUAGCCGGCGGCAAGAGAGGCAGAGGAGGCUGACUGACAUAAGGAGAGGUGAAGCGCCAGGGAGCGGAGCGGGAAAUAAAAGAGGGACAGUGAUAAAACAUCCAGUGUUACAAUUAAUUCAGAGCAUCGCAGAAAUUUAGAUCUGCGCACACGGACAGCGGAUACCGAGCGGAAGAAAAAAAAAAGUUCAGAUCCCACGAAUCAGCGCGUGGGAGUGGGAAGCAGGAUCGUGACUGACUGAGGCAAGCUCCACUGUCUGUCUCGUUAUGGCAGGUCCUGGAGGUGACAUGCAGUGGUGCUUCUCUCAGGUGAAAGGAGCCAUUGAUGAUGACGUAGCUGAAGCGGACAUUAUAUCUACAGUUGAGUUUAACCACACAGGGGAGCUGCUGGCCACAGGGGACAAGGGUGGGCGUGUAGUCAUCUUUCAGCAGGAAAUAGAGAACAAAAAUCAGCCUCAGUUCCGGAGCGAGUACAAUGUUUACAGCACUUUUCAGAGCCACGAGCCAGAGUUUGACUACUUGAAGAGUUUGGAAAUAGAAGAAAAGAUCAACAAGAUUCGCUGGCUUCCUCAGAAGAAUGCUGCUCAGUUCCUGUUGUCAACUAAUGAUAAAACAAUUAAAUUGUGGAAAAUCAGUGAACGAGACAAGAGGCCAGAGGGCUACAAUCUCAAAGAGGAAGAUGGACGCUACAAGGACCCCAACACUAUCACAUCUUUGCGGGUACCAGUUUUAAAACCCAUGGACCUCAUGGUGGAAGCCAGUCCACGGAGGGUGUUUGCCAACGCUCACACCUACCAUAUCAACUCUGUCUCAGUCAAUAGUGACAAUGAGACUUACUUGUCUGCAGAUGACCUCCGCAUCAACCUCUGGCACCUUGAAAUCACUGACCGCAGCUUCAAUAUUGUUGACAUUAAACCGGCCAACAUGGAGGAGCUUACAGAGGUGAUCACAGCAGCAGAGUUCCAUCCUCACCAAUGUAACACCUUUGUGUACAGCAGCAGCAAAGGAACAAUCCGUCUGUGUGACAUGAGGGCUUCAGCACUAUGUGACAAGCACUCCAAGUUGUUUGAGGAGCCAGAAGAUCCUAGUAAUCGCUCCUUCUUCUCUGAGAUCAUAUCAUCAAUUUCAGAUGUUAAAUUUAGCCACAAUGGACGUUACAUGAUGACCAGAGACUACUUGUCUGUGAAGAUUUGGGACCUGAACAUGGAAAACAGGCCUGUUGAAACCUAUCAGGUUCAUGAGUACCUGAGGAGCAAGCUGUGCUCGCUGUAUGAGAAUGACUGCAUCUUUGACAAGUUUGAAUGCUGCUGGAAUGGCAAUGACAGUGUGGUGAUGACCGGCUCAUACAACAACUUCUUCAGGAUGUUUGAUCGCGGCCACAGACGGGAUGUAACGUUGGAAGCGUCCCGUGAAAACAGCAAGCCCAUGCAGGUCCUAAAGCCCCGCAAGGUGUGCACUGGCGGCAAGCGCAAGAAGGAUGAAAUCAGCGUGGAUAGUUUGGACUUCAAUAAGAAGAUCCUUCACACUGCCUGGCAUCCCCAGGACAACAUCAUCGCGGUGGCGACGACCAACAACCUCUACAUAUUCCAGGAUAAAGUGAAUUAACUACAGGGUGAGCUUGUCACAUCUGGCGUGGGUGACAUCACUUGUAGCCACCUGCAGCCUCACAACCUCAUCCAGGGCGAUCUGUGGUGGUAAUGCCGACAACCAGCAUCCCUGUCCGGCGCUACUGGGUGACCAGACUUUGCCACUAGCUGUGGUCAGAGGAGGACUCGCUCUCGCCCAUCAUCAGUCUGUCUGUGGCAGAGUAAUGCCUGCCUUGUUGUUAAGUGAUGUUGUGCCAAUUUAUUUCCCUUCAUCUUUUUUUGUUUUUUGUCAGCCCACUUGCCCUUUACUUUUCUAAUGUGGGUAAACAAGUUUAAUUUCCUUAAAAUUCUGAAUACAGACACACUUAUUUUUAUAAAUACCCCUUCCCUUGCCCAAAUGGCUGUGUGGUAGAAAUAAAAAUAACACUUAUUUAGUAUGUCCCCUUAUCCUGUGCCAUUGUAGUGUUUAUUUUUCUAAGAACUUGGCCUUUUUGUGUGUACACUUUUUUUUUUUUUUUUUUUAAUUAAGUUCAUCAGUUCUACUGUCUGUUCUGAGUAUCUUCAGAUUUCCUGUGUUUCAUUAAACCAUGCAUAUUCCACAACCUGCUGCUCAUGGAGCAUCAACACCUCAGCGGUUGCAGAAAUAGUUUUUUUUUCUUUUUUCUUCACAAAUUUGGUCCAGGGAGGUUUUUGUCCUGCUCACUGUUGCUGUCGUUGUGCCUCAGGCUCUGGUUGGCCAAACAGGCCCAAACUCAAUAAGAGCCACGUGUGCGUGCGUGUGUGUGUGCGCGUGUGUGUGUGUGUGUCGACAUUUCUUUUUUUUUUUUUUUGUGCAUUGGCUCCGCUUCCUCCUAUUUUUUUUUU